AUGCGUGCUACCUUCUUCGCUACCUCUCUCUUCGCGCUCCUUAGCGUUGCCCUCGCUGCCCCCACCGAGCUCAAGCGCUCUGGCAACAACGGCCGUGUGACUUACUACUCGGGCUACAUGAUGGCUGAGCCCGCUUGCGGCGGCUCUGCCCCCAACGACGAUGACCUCGUCGCUGCUGUCCGCAAGGACUCGCCUUUCAAGUGCGGUGACGAGGUUACCCUCUCGCACAAGGGCAACAAGGUGACUGUCAAGGUUGUCGACCACUGUGACACCUGCACCUACGGUGAGUGGUUCGACCUCUCCAAGUCGGCCUUCAAGAAGCUCGGUGCUCUUGACCUCGGUAUCAUCGACGAUAUCCUUUACUGGAAGCACUAA